AUGGCGACAACUAUGUCCUGGCAUGAUUUUGCAUAUAACUUUCUUGUUUAUCUUUUGCAGAAGUUCUUUCUUGGUGGAAGGUUGAUAUUUGGGCCGGAUGCUAGGUCACUGCUUGCCACCUUAUCCCUGAUCAUUGUUCCAGUUAUUAUCUUUUGCGUAUUUGUUGCAAGGCAUCUUCGUCAUCAGUUUGCGGCACAUAAUGAUGGAUAUGCAAUUGUGGUGGUAGCAAUUGUCUUUACUAUCUAUGUGUUGGUGCUGCUCCUUCUCACUUCAGCUCGGGAUCCAGGAAUUGUUCCACGAAAUUCACAUCCACCAGAGGAUGAGUUCCGCUAUGACACUUCAGCAUCAGCUGAGAUUGGGGGAAGACAGACACCCAGCCUUCAGUUCCCUCGAACAAAAGAAGUUAUGGUUAAUGGAAUUUCUGUAAGAGUGAAGUAUUGUGACACCUGCAUGCUAUAUCGCCCUCCCCGUUGCUCGCAUUGCUCCAUUUGCAACAAUUGUGUUGAGCGUUUUGAUCACCAUUGCCCUUGGGUGGGCCAGUGCAUUGGAUUGCGCAACUACCGUUACUUCUUUUUAUUUGUUUCAUCUUCUACACUUCUGUGCAUCUAUGUGUUUGCUAUGUCUGCUGUCUACAUCAAGGUUUUGAUGGAUGAUCAUCAGGGCACAGUAUGGAAGGCAAUGAAAGAAUCUCCUGCUUCUGUGAUAUUAAUGGCCUAUUGUUUCAUUUCACUAUGGUUUGUUGGGGGACUCACUGGCUUUCAUUUGUUCCUGAUAAGCACAAACCAGAUGAUACAAACUUGGUGAAUGGUGAUUUACUCAGUACAAUCCAAUUUGGGAUUCAGAGUGCCCUUUUCUAUACUACCUAUGAGAAUUUCCGCUACAGAUCUGACAACAGGAUCAAUGUUUAUGAUCGGGGCUGUUUAAGUAACUUUCUAGAAGUGUUUUGCACAAAGAUAAAGCCUUCUAGGAACAACUUCCAGGCCUUUGUACAGGAGGAGAUACGAAGGCCUUCUUUGCCCACCACCCGGGAGGCAGAACUAGAGGAUAUGAGUGAUCGACGUAUGAAGACAUACGCAGCAGAGGGAGCGACGUGCCUCAUCAUAAUUCCUCUGAUGCUGAAUCUGUUAUAGGUUCAGGUCGGCGAGCUCCCACUGUUCAAUCAGACACACGGCACUCAAGUUGGGGAAGGAGAAGUGGGAGUUGGGAAAUGGCACCAGAGGUCAUUGGAAUGAACUCCAAUGUCACCGAGAAUAGAAGCUAUGCUGCUCCCAAGGAAAAGCAUAUUGCUAAGGGGCUAUAGCUAUUACUGUUGGAUCUAAAUGGGGAGUUCACGUGCCUGCUGUUCUUCUCCUGAGUGCUGCAAUGUUGUUUUCCGGUUUGGAAGGGAUGAUGCUAUUGGUUACAAAAUUAUGUUUUUAGCUGCAUGGGGUCAAAUUUAACUCCCCUUACUGGGUGUAGGAUCUGUAUCACCAUUUUUGGUGGGAUAUUAGCUGUUGAUUGGAAUGGGUGUUUGUAAUUGUUUGACCAGAUCAAAAGAGGGGU